CCUCAGGAGGACAUCAGCUGUGUGUCCUGGAACAGGCAGGUCCAACACAUCCUGGCCUCUGCCAGCCCGAGUGGCCGGGCCUCAGUGUGGGACCUCCGCAAGAAUGACCUCAUUAUUAAAGUUAGCGACCACAGCAACAGAAUGCAUUGCUCCGGGCUGGCUUGGAACCCAGAAGUGGCCACUCAGCUGGUCAUGGCCUCUGAAGACGACCGGAUGCCGGUCAUCCAGAUGUGGGACUUACGUUUCGCUACCUCCCCUUUCAAGAUUUUAGAGAAUCACACACGGGGUGUCCUGGCCAUCGCCUGGAGCUUGGCUGAUCCCGAGCUGCUCCUGAGCUGCGGGAAGGACAGCAGAAUCCUGUGCUGGAAUCCAAACACAGGAGAGGUGCUGUACGAGUUGCCCACCAGCAGUCAGUGGUGCUUUGACAUCCAGUGGUGCCCCAGGAACCCUGCGGUGCUGUCUGCUGCAUGCUUCGACGGACACAUCGACAUCUAUUCCAUCAUGGGAGGCAGCAACCAGGCGCAGAGCCAGAGACAAGCCGACCAGAUAAGCAACUCUUUUGGGAACAUGGAUCCUUUUGGGACUGGACAAAGUUUACCUCCGCUGCAGCUGCCCCAGACCGCAGCCCCUUCUGGGACAGUCCUCCCCCUGAAGAAGCCACCCAAGUGGAUCCGCAGACCGGUUGGAGCCUCGUUUGCUUUUGGUGGGAAGCUGGUAUCUUUGGAGAACUCCAAGCCGAACCCUCAGCAGCCUCAGCAGCCCACUGCACACGUUGUACAUAUCAGUCAGGUUGUUACAGAAACAGCCUUUUUGAAGCGCUCCGAUCAGCUGCAGGCCACUCUGAGUGCAGGCAGCUUCGUGGAUUUCUGCCAGGGAAAGAUCGAUGCAGCCGAAAACGAGUUUGAAAAGACUCUCUGGUCAUUCCUCAAGGCUAAUUUCGAAAGUGAUAUCCGCAGCAAGUACCUGGAGCUUCUGGGGUACAACAAAGAGGAGCUGGCCUUAAAGAUUUCAGCAGCGCUAGAGGAAAAACCUGUUGAACCUCUGCAGGUGGAGGUGCCCGCUCCGGUCAGCCUGCCACCUUUACCGGAACUCAGCUUCAUGCCUCCCAUUGACACUCCCGAGGCAGCGUUCGACAUGAUUGCCGCAGCAAACCUCCAGCCAGAAGCCACAAUGGAACUAGACUCCACUCCUGCCCCAGAGACCGAAGAGCCGGCAGCAGCAGAUCCAGAGGACGCUCUUACCGGCGAACCAGAAGAAAAUCUGGACCAGGUUCUCCCAGAGGAGGAGGCAAAGGAGGAAGCAGAAGAUGAAGCGGAGGAGGAAGCAAAGGAGGAAGAGGAGGAGAAGCAGGAAGAGGAGCAGGAGGAAGAAGAAGAGAUCCCCUUGGAGGAGGAGACGACGGCACCGGUGGAGGAUGAGGAGGAGGAGGAGGAGCCCAGCCCUGCUGAGAUCUCCCCUCCAGUUGAGGACCCCACUGAGGUUCCAGCUUCAGCUCCAGCUCCAACUCCAACCCUGGCUCAUACAGAGGGAGUCAACCUCAGCAUCAGUCAGGAUGUGGACGGGCUGAUCACACAGGCCCUGCUGACCGGAGACUUUGAGGGAGCCGUGGAGCUCUGUCUCCACGACAACCGGAUGGCAGACAGCAUCAUCCUGGCCAUCGCCGGAGGGGCCGAACUCUUAGAGAAAACCCAGAAGAAGUAUUUUACCAAAACACACAGCAAGAUAACCAAGCUGAUCUGUGCCGUGGUGAUGAAAGACUGGCAUGACAUCCUGAAGACGUGCGACCUGCAGAACUGGAAGGAGGCUCUGGCUGCUGUCAUGACCUACGCUCAGCCUGAAGAGUUCUCCUCCCUCUGUGACCUUCUCGGGGGCAGACUGGAGGCAGCUGAGGAAGCCCAGCUGCAAGCACAGGCCUGUCUGUGUUACAUCUGUGCUGGAAACGUUGAGAAACUUGUGUCCUGCUGGAGCAGAGCGCAGGAUGGACACUGUCCACUCUCUCUCCAGGACCUGGUGGAGAAGGUGGUGGUGCUGCGGCGUGCAGUAGAGCAGACCCAGCGCUCCGGUCCCGCUGCUAUCGGCAUCCUGCUGGCUGAGAAGAUGAGCCAGUAUGCCUACCUGCUGGCCUCCCAGGGCAGUCUGUCCACUGCAAUCACCUACCUGCCUGACAACACCAACCAGGUUGCCGUACAGCAGCUUCGUGACCGUCUCAGUCGGGCUCUGGGUCAACAGCCGGUGGCUCCUGCAGCUCCGGUACAAACCCAGAGACCUCAGGCUAAGCUUCCCACCCCGACCCAGGCUCUGCCCCGUCAUCCGUUCACCCCGAUCCAGCCCGCCAUGGUGCCUCAGCCCCCUGCGUGAGGGCUGCCUCCACUGUCACCUCCUGGAGUAACCAAACUCCAACAGCCCUCCCCAAUGUCCCUCCUCUUCAAGUAGGCAGCGCCUCAGACCAGCAGGCGGAGCCUUCAAACCCCGUGUACGGGAUGCCACCCUCCGGCUCGGCCGCCGCACCUCCACCCUCCUCCACUCCUGCUUACAUGGUGUCCCAUCAGUACCAGCCCUACCCCCCCCAGGUCAGCCAGUACCCACCUGGAGCUGGUGGGGUGUCUAUCUAUCAGCCUCUUCAGUACUCCUCUGCUGCUCCUCCUCCUGCAGAGCCUCCUGGCUUUCUCUCUCAGUACACGCAGCCCAUGCCCUCUCAGCCAGCACCUCCGGUCUAUCCCGGACAACCUCCCAUCAGCCAGUGCCUGUCCUCCUCUCCUCCCUCCCAUCCUCCUCCUUUCUUUCCGACCGCCUCCGCCUCUGCCUCUUCCUCCUCCUCCUCUUUUUCUGCUCCUCCGUCCUCCGGAGCGCCUUUCCAGCAUGGCGGUCCGGGAUCUCCGGUGUCGUACAUGCCUCUUCCUCCACCGUGCGGAGUCUCAGGUACACAGCUUGACCCCGACCCCGGGCUGAUCCCCGCCUCUCAGAGAACAGGGCCUCAGAAUGGCUGGAACGACCCUCCGGCUCUGAGCAGAGCAUCGAAGAAGAAGCCGACUCGCGAGAUCUACACCCCUCCUGCCCCCAUCAUGUGUCCGCUGGGCGUUGACCCUCAGGCCCAGCAGGUACCCUCUGGGGUCCCUCAGGGCAUGGUCCAGGGCCCACACGGUGCCCAGGUCCCUUACUCAGGCAUGCACCAGCAGCAGUUCUCCCCUCCACCCAUGAACCCCGCAAUGCCCAAGACCAGUAUGGAGGGAGCACCGGGAGCACCGACUGGAGAUGUUAUACAGCCUCUGCAGUCCAUCCCUGCUGAGAAGAUCAUGAAGAAGCCCAUCCCCGACGAGCACCUGGUCCUGAAGACCACAUUUGAGGGGCUGAUCCAGAAGUGCUUGGCUGUAGCCACCGACCCUCAAACUAAGAGGAAGCUUGAUGAUGCCAACAAACGUCUGGAGGCGCUCUACGAUAAACUCAGGGAGCAGACGCUCUCUCCCGCCAUCGUAGGAGGACUACACAACAUCGCCAGGAGUAUAGAGUCCAGAUCCUACACGGAGGGCCUGAACAUCCACACUCACAUAGUCAGCAGCAGCAACUUCAGCGAGACGUCGGCGUUCAUGCCCGUGCUCAAGGUGGUGCUGACACAAGCCAACAAACUCGGGGUCUGAUCGGGGGGCACAAAAAAACCUCCGAACUCCUCCGAGUCUUUGACCGGUGGACGGUGGGGAGUGACUGGUCGGGGGCGGAGCUCGCUUCGCCGGGCGCCGCAUCUGACUCGCGGAAGAAUUCUGAGAGAUGUACGAAAAAAAUCCUGUUAAAUUCUUCUUUGUGCCAUUCAUGUUUUCUGACGCAACUCAAACACAAGCCAUGCUAUCGGUCGCACUCAGUGGUGAAAGUAAAAUUCUGAGCCCUGUGCAAACAAUCGCACACAGUAAACGAAGGGCUGGAGGCUGUUUAAUUUAACUCAACCAAACAAAAUUACUCUAAAUGUUUUGUUUUUAAACGUGUAGUCAUGUGGAUUUAAUGAAUAUGCAAGAAUCUUAUUGAAAACUGGUGAUCAAACUAUAAUGAAGGCACAUAGUGUCAGUGUAUUUGAUAUGGAAGGCCAGUAUUAAUCACCAAUGAAAACUAAAAAUAGGAAAAGGAAACAGGAAAGUCAGGAAAUUCUAAGGGCAUUUCUAUCCACUUGUAUUAAGAUGAUUGACAUAAAUGUAGUCAGCUUAAAGAAUAAAGCCAGUCUCGAUGAAUUAGGUAUUAAUAUCUGCAUGCUUUUGUCUCACAACUGCGUGAUCAUGCAAAUCAUUUAAGAAAUAUGAGCUUGUUCAUCUUUAUAGUCAAUAUUUGUGCACUACAACAAUGCUCCGAUGCAUUAUAACCCAUAAAUACAUAGAAUUUUGCGAAGUCAUGCUUUAUUUUUUACACAUAAACGCACCAUUGCCUGCAUGUUGAGCUGCAAACGAAGCUCCAGAUGAGAAAGGGAUGACAGAGUAUUGGAUUGGCGGUUAGAUUAAUCACCAAGAAUCACUCUUAUAAGCAUUUAAAGCUAAUUUAAUGCUAAGAGGGACAGUUUUUCUUUUUAAAUAAACCUAAUAUGAUUCGUAUUAGUUCUCUGAAUCCUCUGUCUGGUUUUUACCGGCUUACUUUCACCACUGGUGUCACUACAUACAACACAUUGGACCAAGAUACAGUCAGUGUGGGAUAUGUCAAUGCAAAGCAAUCCAGUCCCAUUCGUCGAGGACAUUUUCAUGUCGUUUUAUUUCGAUUUUAUUUGUCUUAUCCUUGUUUUUUUUCAGUGUAAUCAUGAGGCUCAGCAGAGUGCAAUGGAUUUUUAAAGAGACUGUGCUUUUAUGGAAUUUUAAAGUAUGCAUGCUUAAACAAAAAAAAAAAAAACGCUAACAGCCUUCUUUCAACGGCAUUUGAGGUUAAUUGUCUGCUAAUUAAUCAGACCUCAGAAGGAAAACUGGAAGGAGACUUGUACUUGAUUUUCAUUCCAACUAUGAUGAGGGCUGUAGUCUAAGUGGUCAACUUCACUUUAUGUUGUUAAUAAAGGAAAACAAGUCCUUGUUUUAGAUUGACUACAUGCAAUAUUUUCAAUAAAUAGUAUUUAUUUACAAUG